AUGAGAGUCGUCUGGCUUUUCGGGAUCGUCUGGGCGAUCCUCGUUCCCUCGUCGUCUGCGCUGCAAUGCCACACCUGCAGCGGCUCGGAAUGCAAAAGAGACCCGAGCGAGCAAGCGACGGUUUCUUGCGAUCAACUCAUCCAAGUCCAAGGCGAGAAGUUCUACUGCGGCACCGGGUUCACCGGCGAUUCCGAAGAGAUCUUCACGAAACUCUGCUUCUCGCGUGUCCCCGGCGAAGACGGCUGCACCGCCGACGGCGAUGCCAUCCCCGACGCGGGCCGGUCCUGCUUCUGCUCGGAGGACUUCUGCAACGGCUCUGCCGACCUGAGAGUCGUCUUCGGUCUUCUCUUCUCGGGACUUCUGUCCUUGGUAGCAUUAGACAUCCUCCGUGCGACCGCUGGACAUCCGCGAUGGAUGAUCAGGGAGCCAUUGGACAUCCGCUUGGAACAUCUAGCGGCUCUACAUCCAAAUGCAGAACAUCCGUUGGACGAACUCCUCAAACCGUCUCGAGUUGUACGGCAGGAGUGA